GCAUUCAAGAACAAGCCAAAACAAAUUACAGACACACCCUCUACACAAAUUGUGGUGGACAUCAAAUCUUUCGACGCUCCACACUCCCUUUAUAACUUACAUUACUCCAACAACAGCAAAAAUGAAACAAAAAAGAGUUUCAAUCCACCCCAUAAAAAAAUCCUCUACUUAGUUCAAAAUCCAAACUUAAAUUCUUUCUGAUUUAGUGUCUACAAUUUCUGCAUCCUAUAUUGUUGUUUUGCUCGUUCGCCAUAAGAGGGGCCGAGGGGGUGAAAGAGUCGUUCUUUAUUUUCAAGAUUAUAAAUCCCUCUACUUGUUGAUAUUCUUUGAGUGACCUGAUUACUUGUUAAUCUAUCUUAUUUAAGAUUAUAAAUCCAACAUUUUAAGUAGGCUUACCUGGAUACCCUUUUGGGUAACUUGAUUGAUUACCUACUGUAGGAGUUUUUUGGGAUGAUGCUUGCUGUAUCUGCACCUUUGAACUACAAAAACGAGAGGGAAAAUUAUGAUUUAUUCCAAGAUUUUCCCGAUGGGAAUUUAAUCGACACCAUCGAUUUCGAUGACCUUUUCGAGGGAAUCAACGAUGGAGAUUUGCUGCCGGAUUUGGAGAUUGAUCUUGCUGAAUUCUCAGUUAGUAGUGGUGAGGAAUCUGAUAGUAUGAAUAAUACUACUACUUCUAGAAAAGAAGAAGAAGUGCAAAAAGCUCCAUCAUCAGAGCAUGAACAGAAGAGUGAAGUAAAUGUCAAAUCCAAGUCAAAGAAGAAUGAUAAAGCCAAGAAAUCAUCUGGACAAAUCAAGAAUCCUGAAGGCAAGAGGAAAGUGAAGGUGGAUUGGACACCAGAGCUGCAUCGAAGAUUUGUAAAAGCAGUAGAGCAAUUAGGUGUAGAUAAAGCAGUCCCAUCAAGGAUUUUAGAGCUUAUGGCAGCUGAUGGUCUCACUCGACAUAAUAUUGCUAGCCAUCUUCAGAAAUAUCGAGCCCAUCGAAAACAUUUGCUCGCGAGAGAAGCUGAGGCAGCAAGCUGGAGCCAGAGGAAGCAAAUGUACAGUGGUGCCGCCGUUAUCGAAGGUGGAGGAAGGAGAGAUAUGAUGAGCACAUGGCCUGCACCACCAACCAUGGGUUUUCCACCUAUGCAUCAUGUUAGAACCUUACAUGUUUGGGGGCAUCCACCUACAAAUAAUUCUUUUUGGCAUCCACACUAUCAAGGAGUAACAAAUUCUCCUACACCAGGCACUCCUUGCUUUCAUGCACCAAUAGCGCCCACGAGCUUUGCAGCUCCUCUUAUGGUCCCGGGUAUCCCACCACCCCCUGCCAUUAUCAAAGUUGACAACGGAGUAGGACAAGUUCACCCGUCAAAAGAGUGCAUAGAUGCAGCUAUCGAAGAUGUUUUAGCAAGACCAGAACUGCCACUGCCCCUAGGACUCAAAUCUCCAUCAAUUGACAGUGUGUUGAAUGAAUUACAACGUCAAGGAAUUACUAAAAUACCUCCAAACUGAUUUUCUAUAAUUAAUUUCAGGCAGCUAGCAAAGAGGGAAAUUAAAACCCCCCUUCAAUUCGACGACAUUUCUUGCACUUGAUGUAUGAUGAACUCAAAUAAUCUACAAUGAAAAAAGAAAAAGAAAUCAUAUAUAAUGCAAGUCUUGUUUUCUCA